AUGGCCCCGCAGAUGCUUCAUCUUAGAGAAAAGUUACAGAUGCCACCAUUGGAUCAACCUGGACCAGACAUAACUCGACAAUUAGGUUUCGGAUCCCAAGCAGUUUGCCAUGUGGACCGAUUUCAUCAGUUUCAUGACCAUGCGGAAAACGACAACGUAGCAAGCACGGUUUUCGUGGUGGUGGGGGUCGGAUGCGCCUCCGAAAGCGAAACAAAAACGUGUGCUUGCGGUGCAGAUGAACCGUCCAUCGAUGAGGUCGAGGGAAGAGAAGGAACCGGUAUAAAGAGGACCAACCAAAACCUGAAGCUCAGAACAAGAUCUACUACUGGGUUUGUUUCUCUCUCUAUGGGUGCUUUUGCUCUUGCUCUGAUCCCGAGCCUUGUGCUGCUCAAGAUUGCUUUGCUUUUCCCUUUUGUUUUUUUAGCUAAGGACCAUUUUGUUCCUCGUGAAGGAUAUAUUGUUACUUGA